AUGCGUUAUUUACUUGAGCCAAUUCAAGCUAAUUUAAGAUCAUUAUUCAUAUUUAUCUUUGACAAUAUACAAUUCCUUCAAUUUUUGGAUGCAGGGGAAUCAUCAAGAGCUUGCAGUUUACCGAAGCAAACAAAAAUUGUAAUUGUUGGAGCAGGUGCAGCUGGUGUUGCUGCUGCCUCGAGGUUGUUACAGAAAGGAGUAAACGAUUUUGUAAUAUUGGAGGCCAAUGAUAGGAUCGGUGGCAGAAUAAAUACCAAAGACUUUGGUGAAAAUGUGGUAGAUCUUGGUGCAGAGUGGGUCCAUGGAGAAUCUGGAAAUGUAGUGUUCCAGCUUGCUUCUAAACAUAAUCUACUGAAUUCAUCCGCUUUUCUACUCGAUUUUAGUAAACAUGAAGUUGUCACCAUUAAUGGUGAAAUAAUGCCCAACGAGGAAAGUACCAAGGCUUUAAAGCUUUAUUUUAAUAUUAUGGAUAAAAUGGAACAGGAAGAAUUAAAAAACGAAACAGGAUCUUUAGGAGAUUACUUUAUAAAACAAUAUUAUAAAGCUUUUGACGAAAAACCUUUCAUGAAUCGUACUAGAGUUGCUGAAUAUUUAUCUUUGAUAGAAAAGAUGCAAAACACUGUCGAUUGCAGCGACACAUGGUUUGACGUUUCUCUGAAACGUUUUAUAGAAUAUUGGGAAUGCGGAGGCGAUCUUACGUUGAAUUGGAAAGGACGUGGUUAUAAAACGAUUUUUGAUGUACUAUUGCAAAAGAUUCCAAAUCCAGAGGAACGUUUGCCAGUAAUGGAAAAAAUAGAGUUCGAAAAAGUUGUGACAACUUGCAAUUAUAGCUCAGGCGAGAAUGUGACGGUAACUACCAGAGAUGGAUGCAAGUAUUCCGCAUCGCAUGUUAUAUUCACUGGAUCGCUAGGUGUUCUGAAGGAGAAACAUUCCUCGAUGUUCGUGCCACCUUUGUCGCAGAAGAAACAACGUGCGAUACAGGGAUUAAAUAUUGGAACAGUGAACAAGAUUUUUCUCGAAUUUCCAAACAGAUGGUGGCCGGAAGACAAAAUCAAUUUUGAUUUUAUCUGGUCGGAAAAAGAUAAGAAAGAAUUCUUGCAAAUCUAUGGUCAAAAUAGCGAGUGGCUCUGCGAUGUGUUUGAUUUUAUUUCUGUUGCUUAUCAGCCGAAUCUCUUAUGUGCUUGGAUAACUGGAAAAAACGCAAGAUAUAUCGAAACUUUAUCGGAUACUGAUGUAUUUGAUGGAUUAUAUUUAUUGUUGAAAAAGGCGUUUGAAAGUCAUGAUAAUAUUACAAAACCAACAAGAAUGUUAAGGUCUAAAUGGUAUACCAAUGAACAUUUUCGAGGCUCGUACAGUUUUCAAAGUAUGCUUUCCGAGCAAAUGAAUGUAACACCGAGAGAUCUGGCAGAGCCGAUUAUGACUGGAAAUAAACCUGUAAUUCUUUUCGCUGGAGAAGCCACGCAUGAUCAUUAUUAUUCUACUGUACACGGCGGCGUGGAAACUGGUUUCCGCGAAGCUGAUAGAUUAAUCGAUUUUGAAAGGCAGACUUUCUUAGACUCCCAUCUGUAACUACAUCUUCUAUAUACGACUGUCACUCUUAUAAUGAAUGGAUUACGGAAAACUAGAAAUAUGUUUGAAUAUUUGUAAUGUAGACGAAUAUAUUUAAAGCAUGAGCAACUACAUUUACUUGU